UGAGAGCAUCGACAAACCUUCAACGAGGGCCGCGCCAUUCGCAGGCAGUCAGCAGGAUCUAUAAGCCUUUUCUGCAGGCUCUUCGAUUUCAAGGCAUGGCGCCUUCUCUCUCAGCUGCGCGCUCUGCGCGUAGGGUCGUCCACAACGUUGCCGGAAAGCGUUUCGUGUCCGACAUCUCUAUCACCAGGACUGGCAAGCCAAUUAUCCGGGUUGAAGGCGGCCGAUCGUCCCUCGGAGGCCACACGGCUACGGUAUUUGGCGCAACCGGCCAAUUAGGCCGAUACAUUGUCAAUCGGCUAGCGCGCCAGGGCUGUACCGUUGUGGUGCCUUUUCGCGAAGAGAUGACCAAGCGUCACCUGAAGGUUACGGGUGACUUGGGCCGCGUUGUCUUCGUGGAAUACGACCUCCGCAACACACCCUCGAUCGAGGCAAGCGUCCGACAUUCCGAUGUUGUCUACAACCUGGUCGGCCGAGACUACCCUACCAAGAACUUUUCCCUCGCAGACGUGCACAUUGAGGGGACGGAGCGUAUUGUCGAAGCCGCUGCCAAGUAUGACGUUGACCGAUAUAUCCAUGUCUCGUCGCACAGCGCCAACCCGGAGUCCACAUCCGAGUUUUAUGCCACCAAGGGUCGAGGAGAGCAAGUUGCGCGAAGUAUCUUCCCCGAAGCGACACUCGUUAGACCAGCACCCAUGUUUGGAUUCGAAGACAAUCUGCUCCUCAAAUUGGCGUCAGUCCUCAAUCUUUUCACGGCCAACAACAUGCAGGAGAAGUUUCGGCCCGUCCACUCCAUUGAUGUGGGGGCAGCCCUGGAAAAGAUGCUCUAUGACGAGUCGACAGUUGGCCAAACAUACGAGCUAUAUGGCCCGAAGGAGUAUACGAUGGCCCAGAUCGCCGGCCUCGUGGACAAGGAAAUCUUCAAGCAGCGACGCCACGUCAAUGUGCCCAAGGCUAUAUUGAAGCCUGUGGCAGGCAUUCUCAACCGUGCGCUUUGGUGGCACACACUGUCGGCCGAUGAGGUCGAGCGCGAGUUCAUGGACCAAGUGAUUGACCCGGAAGCCAAGACAUUCAAGGAUUUGGGCAUCGAGCCGGGUGACAUUGCGAACUUUACCUACCACUACCUGCAAGGGUUCCGCAGUUCACAUUACUAUGAUCUGCCCCCUGCCACAGAGAAGGAGAAGAGGGAAGACAAGAGAUAUAUCCACGUGUUGGACGAAUUGUGAGUACGGACGCGAUAGUGGGGUGAGCACGUGUUCCGCCGUCGGCCAUGGCUAUUGAAACGAUGGCUCACGAUAAGAGUUGAGGAAGAGAGCAAGAGGCAUUGUCUGUAUUAUCUGGCCAAGAGCCUUAGAAUUAGAUUUGCGACAGCAAACUGUGCAGUUCCCCCUUUUGUCUGGCGUGGAAUAUGGGACGCGGCGGUGCCUGGCAUCCGGCUUGCCGGGUACUCUAGAGCAAGUGCGCCGUCACACGUAGAUGGUAUUACUAGCGUAUCGCAG